CUCACCUAAGGCGAAAAGACCAGUCUUCCUUGUGCCCAAUAAUUGGCAACCGAACCCCAUCACAGACAUGCCAGCUCUGCCAAUCCCAAAGACAUAUUAAACAUUUAGUCCAGAGAUGGUUGCUGGAAGAAGAGCUCAGUUCCCACAUCCCUUUGUCUUCUGAAGUACCUGUUACACUCCGAGACCAUCAAGUCCACAUCCACAGAGCUUUCAGGAUCAAUGUUCUGGAGAUGGAGAAGGGGGCUCCUUUUGGAUUAUAUCACCUGUAUGUCCUUUCCACUAUCCUGAUGGGGAUUUUCCCUUGUUCCCAGGGCAACUGGAUGUGGUUAGGUGUUACAUCUUUUGGGGUGCCUGAGAAAUUAGGUUGUACAAAUCUCCCGCUAAGUGUUCGCCAGAAGGACUUGUGUAAGAAGAAGCCACACUUGUUGUCCAGUAUCCGUGAGGGAGCCAGACUGGGAAUUCAGGAGUGCAGAAACCAGUUCAAACACGAAAGGUGGAACUGUUCAACUUCCGCCAGCAUUUACACGUCCAGCCCAUCGUUCUCCCUGUCAUCCAUAUCUUCAUCACUAGCUUCAGCUCAUUCAAUCUUUGGCUACGAACUCAGCAGUGGCACUAAGGAAACAGCUUUUAUUUCUGCUGUGACGGCAGCGGGUCUUGUGCAUUCAGUUACAAGAUCAUGCAGCGCUGGGAACAUGACUGAAUGUUCUUGUGACACAAGUCUGAAGAACGGAGGCUCACCCAGUGAAGGAUGGCACUGGGGAGGCUGCUCUGAUGAUCUCCAGUAUGGCAUGUGGUUCAGCAGGAAGUUUCUUGAUGCCCCAUAUAAAAACUCAACUGGACAAGACUCUGGACAAGACUCUGAUGUGCUAAGAGUGAUGCAUUUACACAACAAUGAAGCCGGGAGACAGGCUGUGGCCAAACUUAUGACUGUGGACUGUCGUUGCCAUGGAGUAUCUGGGUCAUGUGCAGUGAAAACAUGCUGGAAAUCAAUGUCUUCAUUUGAAAAGAUUGGGAAUUAUCUGAAAGACAAAUAUGAAAACAGCAUAGAGAUAUCAGACAGAAUCAAAAGAAAGGUACGAAGAAAAGAAAAGAAUCAUCGCAAGAUUCCAAUACAAAAAGGCGAUCUCAUCUACACUAACAGAUCCCCAAAUUACUGUGUGGAGGAUCGCAAACUGGGGAUAUCCGGGACACGGGGACGGGAGUGCAACCGUACCUCUGAAGGCCCAGAUGGCUGUAAUUUACUCUGCUGUGGCCGGGGGUAUAAUACGCACGUAGUCCGACAUGUAGAAAGAUGCGAGUGUAAAUUUGUGUGGUGUUGUUAUGUGCGUUGCAGACGAUGUGAGAGCAUGACCGAUGUCCAUACCUGUAAGUAAGGCUUUCCCU